GCCAUGGACGCCAGGCGCCAAUACGAAGCCAAAUAAAUGCCGGUGGUGCAGUAUCUUGCCGCAGAGACAUCGGCAGUAUGCCAUUUCCAUCGAUCUUGAGCGCUGGUGCAAAGCUGGCUGGCUUGCAUUUGCCCUGAGCUGCAAUAAGCACAUUAUUAUCUUGCAGGAUGCGCAGCGACGACGCGCGUAGCGCUGGCGACGCGACGAACGCCCCGCCGCGCUGCGCGUCGCCGCGAUCCGCCAGCCACGCCGCGCUGCUGGAGGACGAAACCCCCGCCGUGUGCGGCGCCGGCGACGCGAGCCCGGCCAGCCACGCGCUGCUGGAAAACGACGCCGCCGCAGACGGCUGCUGCUGCUGCCGGAACGAGCGCUGCACGAACCACGCCAAGGUGCUCACCGUAGCAUUGGUGCUCUUCCUGAGCAUCACCUGCGCGCAGUUCGGCCUCGCGUUACUCGCGAGGAGCAACACGCUGCUCGUGGACUGCGCGUCGAUGUUGGUCGACAGCGCGACGUACGCGGGGAACCUCUGGGCCGUCUGCCGCGAGACCAACGAUCCCGAGGACGCCGCGCGGGGCGCCCUGGUGACGUCGGGCCUCUCUAUUUUGGUGCUCGCGGCGAUCACGGCCUGGGGCCUGUCCGGCGCGGUCCAGGACUUGAGAAGGAGGCACCCGCCCGACCGGGUGAACGCCGAGAUCGUGCUCAUAUUGGGGAUCUUCGGCCUCGUGUUUGAUGCCGCGACGCUGUUGGCGUUUCGCGCCUGGGGCCAUACUGAGGAAGACGAUGAAACGGGCAUCGAAUUAGUGGGCACGGGCGAAGAACACGACUUUGAGGACAUUGAAAGGACGGCCGACGAGAUGAACAUGUGUUCCGCCUUCUCGCACGUGGCCGCCGACACGAUUCGGUCGGUGACGUCGGUGUCGCUGGGCCUCUUGAUCAUGCUGCGGCCCGAUCUGAACGGAGCGAAGUGGGACGCCUACGCUACUUUAAUUGUUACGGCGACGGUGCUGCUCGGGUCGGUCCACCUGGCCGUGGACUGGUGCCGCGUCGCGCGCGGGCUGGCUCGGGCGCGGCGGCGGGCGGAGAUCCUGUCGAAGUUGACGCCGCGGCGAGUCUUCGAGGAAUCGAAGGACAGCGAAGAAUGUGGUAGUCUUGUGUAAACAACAUGUGUC